GGUCCCGUAUACCUGGACCAUGAUAUGAUUCUCCAGUAUUCUCGAUUUGUCUCUUCAGCCGCUGAAAAGGAUGGAAAGCCUAGCCGCUGUUGUUUGGGCGGUGGUCUUUUUCGCUGCACGACAACUGGCCCUUCAAUUCGCCGAUAAGUUCUCAUCAAUACGGACAGGAUCUUCUAUCACUGUCAAUUAGGGGGUGAGGUUGUGUUAUAUUAAUCAUCUAAAAUCAACCGUUGAUCUUCUUUCGCGCUGUCAAUUAGCGGGUAAGGUUGCUUUCUGUUAAUCAACCGUCCCCACGGGAUAGAGAAGAGGUUAACCGUGUCCGAUUAAGCCCCAAAUUUUAGAGUGCUUGUCAUUUGGCAAAUACAUUAAUUGGAUUGGACCGUCAAGAAAGUUGAUAGCCAGAGACACAAAGAACACUCUCUCUCUCAAAAAUGCCCAUACUAAUUACUUUCCAGUAGGAAGAGUCGAGGCAUAAUGGAAACCGAAUUUCCAUUCAUACUAAUGAGUUAGAGAUCGAUAUUUCUGUGUUUCAUGUGAAUUGUUUGGGCCUGCGGAGUUUAUCUUCCGAUAUCCAAUGAUGAAGCGAGAAUACAUGAAGCCCAGUGAUCGGACUCAAUCCGAGGACUUGGGCCUAAACUAAACUUUGACGGGCUGAGAUAUAGUUUGCAUUGAUGAUGUUUGCGUGGAAAACAAGUCUAGACCAGUCAUAGCUGCGAACUGACUUUGAUUGAUUAGGGUUCGGGGAUUCUAGAAGUUAAUUUCUUAAUUUUGACUAGGCUACCAUAUAGAUAAAUAUUUUACAAGAAGAACACAACAUUUUAAUUCAAUUUUUUCGUUAUAUUAAUUAUAAACAAACAUGUCUGGAUAACUUGUCGAAUCAAUUUUAUUGAGCAACUGUUAACUCGGUGAUGGCAUGGAUGGACCACGUUCGUGACAUUAUAGCAUAGAAGGAUCUAAUCAAUAUUAAAAAGAGUUGAACGGUAAGAGAAAAACCGCGUGUUACCCUUCUACUGGGUCAGCUACAUCACGUCAAAAAGUCAAAGAAAAUGUAAAUAAUCUGAAACGAUCAAGCGACUUAUUCCAGUACGCGCCAGAGCUCUUUCUUUCUCGCCCUGGAAACCGGAGACAUCCGCUUCGUGUUUCCGUACAGAGAAUUUCCAUUCAUACAUUCUCCCUUUGCCACUCUAGAAACAGAAAGAGAAGAGAAAAACAAUAGAAGCAAGCAAUGUUUGCUAUUUUGAAGCUUCUGUUGUUAUCGAUAUCGUCGCAAUUAAAUGCUGAUCAAGGUUUCGAUGUCCGUCGCCACCUCUGCACUGUAACGAGGUACAAUGUAGCGAAGGAUAUGGCUAACACUUCAGCUGUAGCUGCCAAUAAUAUUCCUAAUGGAUGCACUCCUAUCCACGUAAACCUUGUGGCAAGACAUGGAACUCGUUCUCCUAACAAAAAACGGAUGAGAGAGUUAGACAAGUUGGCUUCUCACUUGGGGGAACUUAUAAGAGAAGCUGAAGAACAAAAUUUGUCUUUGGAGAAAGUUCCUUUGUGGUUGCGGGGAUGGAAAUCUCCUUGGAGAGGGAAAUUGAAAGGUGGAGAAUUGAUCAGGAAAGGAGAAGAAGAAUUGUACAAUCUUGGAAUCAGGAUUAGAGAGAGAUUUUCAGAAUUAUUUGAUGAGGAAUACCACCCAGAUGUUUAUCCUAUAAAGGCUACACAGGUUCCUCGUGCAUCAGCUAGUGCUGUGGCAUUUGGCAUGGGGCUUUUAAGUGAGAAGGGAGGUCUAGGACCUGCACAACAUCGAGCUUUUGCUGUUACAAGUGAAAUCCCUGCUAGCGACAUUAUACUGAGGUUUCAUGAUUGUUGCGGAAACUAUAAGGAUUUUAAGAAGAGGCAGGAGCCUGCUGUUGAUAAGCUAAAGGAACCUGUACUGGAUGAAAUCACGUCUGCAUUAGUGAGCCGCUAUGGGCUCAAAUUCACUAGACAGGAUACUGCUACAUUGUGGUCUCUGUGUAAACAGGAAGCAUCUGUCCUGGAUAUAACUGAUCGAGCUUGUGGUCUUUUCAGCCCUUCCGAGGUUGCUUUGCUGGAGUGGGCAGAUGAUUUGGAGCUGUUUAUAUUGAAGGGUUAUGGUAAUUCAAUAAAUUAUCGAAUGGGAGUGCCAUUGCUUGAAGAUGUUGUCCAGUCCAUGGAGCAAGCCAUUAAAGCAAAUGAAGAAAAGCAUCCUCCUGGAAGUUAUGAGAAGGCAAGGCUACGGUUUGCACAUGCAGAGACCGUGGUCCCAUUUACAUGCCUCCUUGGACUUUUUCUUGAAGGAUCUGAGUUCCAGAAAAUACAAAGGGAAGAACCUUUGGAGCUCCCUCCAAAACCUCCUCAGAGUAGAAAUUGGCGGGGCAGCAUUGUGGCACCUUUUGCUGGUAACAACAUGCUGGUCCUGCACAGCUGCCCGGCAAACUCUGCAAGCAAGUACUUUGUCCAAGUACUCCACAAUGAAAAACCGAUUCCAAUGACGGGUUGUAAUGGUUCCGAUUUUUGCCCUUUUGAAGAGUUUAAGGAAAAAAUAGUGGCUCCUCAUCUGAAGCAUGACUAUGAUAGUGUGUGCACUGCAAAGCUGGAAGAACCAGAGCAGAAACCUGGAAGCAGUAAGUUAUCACAACUGUUUCGUUGUCUAUUAUCUCUACAGAAUGAUGAUACACAGUCCACCAAGGAUGGAUUAUAGUUUGUUAUUGAAAAGAAAGAGAAUAUUUCUUGCAUGCUACUUUUUCCUUCUUGUCGCUCCUCUCUGUAUGUUGAUUUUCAGCCAAGGCCAGCUCUUCCUUUUAGCAGAGUUCAAUUUGGUUUAAUGUCACUGUCUCCCGGCACUGAACUUACUGGCUCGAUUCUGAAUUCUAACCCAGUAGUUUUUCUGACAGAUCUGACGCUGCUUCUAACAGCUCUACAUUUUUGUAUACCUGACUGGUUAAUGAUCUUGUAAUUUUCACAUAAAUCACCUGAUGGAUUUUGCCUUUAGUUUAAAUACCAUCCCCUUUCUGCCAUAA